AUGAAUCGAGGCCUUUUUGAGCCAAUCUGUUCCGGCACGGGCACACAAAACAAAAUCACAAUGCAAACGGGCGAGCUGGUCACGCUGAUCGUUUUCUGUUUCACCGCGUUUUUCACUCUCGCUGUUGUCAUCUACUAUCGAUAUUGCACGACAGCAAAUUUGAAACAUCCAUCGCAGCAACGUUCAUCACCUUUAUUGAGUGCU